AUGAAGGAAAUUGGGAGAGGAGACACGGGAGGUAAUACUUAUGAGAAGUGGUUGAUAAAAGAUAAGGAUAGUGAUUUGUCAGAUGUUUUGAGAUGGAAUAUUCUUGCUUUCAGACCAGAUAAAGAGCAAAAAGAACUUAUUAUCAUGUCUGAACUUCAGAAAAGGAUGCCUAAUGGUUUACCAGAGAAUUUUACAAUGAUUCAAUAUAAAAACACUUCUUACAAAUUCAAGGAAUUAACAGACUUUGAUAAUUUCGAUGUUGACAAUGAUAAUAGCCUGGCUUACUUCCACAACUCUAAAAUCUCCGACAAGCCUGACACUCCUCUGAGAAUAUAUAUAAUUUAAUUUCUCCUCUACCACCUCCAAAACCCAAGAAUGCCAAACUCAGAUCGGAUUCCCCAAUAUAAAGCGAAAAUCCUUCCUUCAAAACUCAUGCGGGGGCUUAGAGACCAGAGAUCAGCCCGAAUGGCAAGUAUUCACAGUUAAAGAUGGGAACAACCAGGAGCUAUUACCUCCAGAGUUCGGAAGGCUGAUGACCCUCCAAAAUACAGCAAAAAUAGUGUUUAUGGGUGAAGGAAAGGACAACAGCAAAUAUAUUUGCCUUUAUGGUAUUGAGAUGGACACAAAAACUCGAUCAAAUGGCCAACCAAAUUGAAUUAAACUUAAGAACACUCCUCAGCCCGAAACUUUCCUUUAUUACAGAAGAAAAGAUGACGAGCAUUCAAAUGUUUUAUUUUGAAAGAAAGCUGAUGAAAGAACCAUUACUCUUCAAGUCAUAGACUUCGAAGAUGUAAAUGAAAUCUCUUACAAUAUAACUAAUGGUAAUAGUCUUAAUAAUAGCUUCUCACUCAUCGAUGGGUAUUAUUAUAAGUACGAUCAGAGCAAGCAAGUAGGAUUCUUCUACUUCUUUGCAUGUUUUGAUAAAAGACUGGUAUUUUACAAAAUCCUUGGAGUUCAAAAUACUUUAAGAAUAGAUGACGAAACUUUCCAACUGAACCUAAAGAAAGCAUUAACUAAGGUGAUCUUCAUCAAGUGUAUCAAAGACGGAAAUGAAGAGAAAGUGUACUCUUUGUUCUCCUAUCUGGAUACUAACGAAAAAGAUGAAAUUCAAGAAUAUACUUAUCUUACAUUGUACAACAUUCAGAAGAAAAUAACUCUUGCAUAUCAAGUUCUUACUGAAUCAAAUAACUUUCCACUCUUUAUAAACGGCACAACCUUAUAUUCAGCAUUAAAAGACAACAAUUGCUCAACAGAAAAAGGAAGUCCCUGCUAUAUAAAAUCUACUGUUAAUCUCAAGAGUGCAAAUAUAGCAAUAGGAAUUAACUACAAGCCUAAGUUUACCUCUCUAUGGGAAUUAGAAGAAAACGUGACUCUUACUAUAAACCUUUCGGAAAAAUACGAAAUUGUAGCAGGAUUUUCAGCUCAACCAGGAGAAAUAACUCCAGAAUUUUCAACAUAUAUAGAUCAAGGAAUAGAUACAUCCAAUGUAUACGAAGACCUGACUCUAGAGCCCAGGAUUAUCGAUAUCAAUAAUGGUAACGAGUUCAAUGUCACUGUAACUCCCAGACUCAACGACACUGAUAACGUCCUUCUCUGAAUAAAUAAGACAAGCGAAGCUGAAUGAACAAAAUACUUUAAAUGAAAUUAUAACAAUACAAAACAGAUUGAAAAUUUACAUUGAACCCCCCAGAAAGCUUUUGAAACAACUCAAGAAUUCAGAGCUUAUGUUAAUACAACCUAUGAAAUUGAAGACUAUUCAAAGAAGCAUUAUUAUCAUCCAGUCUUAAUCUCUCAAAAUCAGUGCACACACGGUUGAAAAAUAUGCAAUGAGAAUAUUACAGAUAAUAAUAUCAAAAACAAAACUGAUAUAGGCAAAUGUAAAAUAUGUUCUGGUGACAAAGGUUUUGUUCUUUAUAACAAAAGUGAGUGAAUAGCUAUUUUUCAUUAUUUCAUCAAAUAUUCUCAUUAUGUAUUGACCCCAGUGCUGUGAGUCCUAUGGGCUCUAUCAUGGAAACAAGAACAAGGACUCCAGAGAAGAGAAUGGUGAAAGGGCUGGAAGCUUUAG